AAGUAUGGAAGAAUAUCAACAUGCCAACGUUGAAUGCAACUAAACAUACAGCUCGCGACGCGAAUUGCAACAAAAUCAGCUUCAAAGGCGAGGUUAUUGCUAACAUAACACAUCAAGGCGAAACAAAGAAAAUGAAGGUGUUAGUCACAUUGGUCAACAAUCUCUAUAUCGCAGGCGCAGACUUCUUUGAAGAAUUUGGUCUUUGGGAUAUACCUAUCAAUGCAUUUUGCAUGAAAGUACAACUCUCAGAGAAAGAAGCAGAACAAAUUCAAAGCAGAAUUUCCUACUGUAUUUCAUAAAGAGCUUGGACACUGCGAGA